AACCGCAAUACAAAGCCCUCAGUCCCUUCUACUUUGCCUCUCUAAUGGCCGCCGCCGCCGUCGCUGCGAGAACGACCGCCGCGACCCGUGCAAUCUUCUCCUCCCACCUCGCCUCUGCCCAGCAUCCCAUGGCUUCCUUGCUUCCCAAGCGAUUUCUCCACUUGCGUUCCACGGCGAGCGUCCGCUCCGUCCGCCGAUCGCCCGCGAUGCUUAACCUUCCUGGAUUUGGUGUGGCCUCCCGCAUCGGCGCGAUUAGGUGCAUGGCCCGGCGGCCGGGCGACUCGGGUUACUCGCCUCUGAACUCUGGCUCCCGCGGUGGUUCGGGGUUUAGCGACCGUCCGCCGACUGAAAUGGCGCCUCUGUUCCCGGGGUGUGACUACGAGCACUGGCUCAUCGUUAUGGAUAAACCUGGAGGUGAGGGGGCAUCCAAACAGCAGAUGAUCGAUUGCUACAUUCAAACCCUAACCAAGGUCCUGGGCAGUGAGGAGGAAGCAAAGAGAAAGAUUUACAAUGUGUCAUGUGAACGAUACUUUGGAUUUGGAUGUGAAAUAGAUGAGGAGACAUCCAACAAGCUUGAAGGUAUUCCUGGUGUUCUGUUUGUUCUUCCAGAUUCAUAUGUUGAUGCUGAGAACAAGGAUUAUGGAGCUGAACUAUUUGCGAAUGGAGAAAUCGUUCAAAGACCUCCAGAAAGGCAGAGGAGGAUUGAUGCGGCAACCACACAUAGAAAUGAAAGAGACAGACCUAGAUAUAAUGACAGGACUCGUUACGUUAGGCGGAGGGAGAGCCAGCGAUAAGCCGAUCAUUUCUAUCCGAAUAUGUGGUUGAAAUAUGGGCAUGGUAUGAGAUGGUCAUUGAUGUCGUAUCCUCUAGCUUGCAGUAUUCUAUUUCUAGUCGUGGUCUAUUGAAAGUUGUUUGCAAAUGUGGAUUUUGGACAGAUAUCAUCAAUGUUUGAUUCGAAAACUAUAUAUACAUAUAUUAUAUUCCUGGAUUGUAGAA